AACUUUCCCACUUCUACCAUUUUGAGUUUUGAAACUUUACUGCUCACAGAAGAAAAAAACUUAUUAUCUUCUUGUAAAUUUACCGAGAGAGAGAAAAGGGAAGAGACAAGCCAGGAUCCGGCCAUAGCUGUACAGAUCCCCACACCAUCCAAAAGGAACCCUAAUCAUGCCUCCAGGUGCUAAGAAAAGGAAAGCUGCAAAGAAAAAGCAGCAGCAACAACAAGCAUCUUCUCCUCAAACUAAUCUCAUACCCACCACCAACCAUGAAUCAAGGGAAGAAGAUGAUGUCAGAAUCGAAAAGGAAGUGGGAUUGGAUACUGAUGAGCGCAUAGAGAUCACUGAUUCAAGCCGUGACCAUGACAAGAACUCUAGCAGUAGUAGCAGCAGCAGCAGCUCGGAUGACGAAUCCGGUGAAGUUAAGAAGAAGGAGAGUGAUGAAUCUGUUUCUGAAGCUGUUACUGUGAGUUCUGUGCCAACUCAAGCUAUUCCAAUAGCUGGAGAUGCUCCUUUUAUGGGCUCUACUGCUAAUGUGAUCGUAGAGAGUAUCGGAUUGAUGGAUUCAACUACUCCUCCUAGUGAUACACUUAUCUCAAACGAGAGUUCUUUACCUAAACCAAACGAGAUUACUGCUAAAGUUUCUCUUGCAUCUGAUGAGGGUAAGCAGGCGUCUUCAAGUGCAACCGACUCUGGUAAAAAAGAAAACGAGGGAGAAACUUCGACUCUUGUUCCUGAAGGCAGCAAGGAGUCUGAAGCUACCAGUUCUCAUGAAGAAGAGGCUGUAGUGCGGCCAACACAUGGAGUUGCGCAAAGAACGUCAUGGUUAAGUUGUUGUGGCUUGUUUGAUGUGGUCACAGGAUCCAGUAGAUAAACACUAGAAACAAACAGAGUUUCCCUUCAUGAAGUGUUAUCAGAGCUAAGGAUUCUCGGUUUUUUAUAUCAGGUUACCUGUGAAAAUUCAGUAACUUGAUGAAUGUCUCUCUCUCUCUCUCUCUUCCACUGAAACACACAUUGUCUCAUAUGCAAGAGUGCUCAGCUUCUAGUAGUCUUAAGGCAGGCUUGUCUGUAGUUUAUGCUCUUUAUAUAAGUGGUUUUCUUCGCUUUCGCUCUGUUCGAUUCCUUGUCUGUUGUUGUUUUUGUUCUCUGAGACUGUUGUUGGCCAAUUUAUAUAUUGAUUAUUUCUCUAGA